AUGCUGCGUCACCGCGGGGGCUUCAGCGUGGAGCCGCUCCGCAGCCGCCAUGGUUCCUGGGAGCCGGCCGAGAGCUGCGUGGUGCCCACCUCUGCCAGCGUGUACCGGCGGCUGCAGGAGAGCCCGAGGAGGGGGCUGAGCUGCCGGGAAUCCCCCCCACCACCCUCCCUCUCCCCCCACAGCCUCCCCGUCAGCGGGAGGCUCCUCAAAUGCGAGUCGGAGGACUCCGGGGUGGAGAUGGGCAGCAACGAGCACUCGCCCUCCACCCCGAUGGGCUCCGACAGCAGCUUCUCCCUCGACGGCUUCCCACCGGAGAAAAGCCCCCCGAGAGAGGCACCGGCGCCCCCCCGGGCCCCCCGCAGCCGCUCGGCCAGCAAGAAGCUGGCGCAGGCAACCCAAUGGAGCCGGAGGCAGCGGGUGGCCGGGCGCUGCCCUCGCCAGCUCGCCCGGCGCGGUGCCAACGCGGCCACGGCGCAGCCGGAGCCCCCCCGGGAGAGCCGCGACGGCAGCGAGGAGGAAGCCGAGGUGGGUGGGUGCCGGGGGAAGGGGAUGAGCUGAGGCCCGCAGGCUGUGCCCGAGGAGGGGCUGCCGGUGCCGGGACAGGGGCUGAGGUACCUGGAGCACGUUUGCCAAAUGCUGGAGUGUGUGGCCCGGCUGCAGCAGGACAACCGGCUCCUCCGGCAGCGGGCGGCUGAGGCGCGGCGCAGCCGCCCCGACGCCACGCCCACUCGGGAGCUGGAUCUGGGAGUGUGGAGGGGCGACGGGUUCCGGCCGCGCUCCUGCUCCGACAGCCAGGCGCCAGCCCCCGAGCCGGGGCCGUGCCGCGGGACGUGGGGACACUCCGCCAGCUCCCCCAGCCUGCUGGAGCCCCCCGAGCCCGAGACGGGCACCCCGACAGCGGACAAGCCCGGGGGGUCGCGCUGGGGCCGGGUGAAGGUGCUGCUCACCCGCCUGACCCGCCGCUCGCUCCGGGGCGGCCGCUGCAGGUAG